AUGUUCGGCAAGGAUCAGCCCGUCAUUCUUCACCUGCUUGACAUUGCCCCCAUGAUCGAGUCCCUCAAGGGCGUGGUGAUGGAGAUCGAGGACACCGCCUCCCCCCUGGUGCACGGCGUCGUGGCUACGACCGAUCUGCAGGAGGCUUUCACCAACAUUAACUACGCUAUCCUCGUGGGCGCCAUGCCCAGGAAGGAGGGUAUGGAGAGGAAGGACCUGCUCAAGGCCAACUGCGGCAUCUUCAAGGUGCAGGGCAAGGCUCUCAACGACUACGCCAACAAGGACGUCAAGGUUCUGGUCGUGGGCAACCCUGCCAACACCAACGCGCUGAUCGCCGCUCUGUCCGCUCCCGGCCUGCCCAAGGAGAACUUCAGCUGCCUCACCCGCCUGGACCACAACAGGGCCAAGAGCCAGAUCUCUAAGCGCCUGAACAUCAACGUCAACCAGGUCCACAACGUGAUCAUCUGGGGCAACCACUCCAAGACCCAGUACCCCGACGUCAACCACGCCUACAUCUCGGGCUCUGCGACUGGCGGCGAGAAGUCGCAGGUGCGCGGCGCCGUGGCGGAUGACGCCUGGCUGCAGGGCGAGUUCAUCACCACCGUGCAGAACCGAGGUGGCGCCAUCAUCGCCGCCAGGAAGCUCUCCAGCGCUGCUUCCGCCGCUCAGGCCAUCGUCGACCACAUGAGGGAUUGGGUCAAGGGCACCCCCGAGGGCGAGAUCGUGUCGAUGGGCGUGUGGUCGGACGGCUCGUACGGCGUGGCGAAGGACCUGAUCUACUCCUUCCCCGUGACAUGCCAGGACGGCAAGUACACCAUCGUGCAGGGCCUCGACGUCGACGCCUUCUCGAGGGAGAAGCUGGAGCUCACCGAGAAGGAGCUGCAGGAGGAGAAGGAGGAGGCCUCUGCCUUCCUGCACUAG